AUGUCUGACCAGACGGAGAAAGAACUGGCGACAUCGCCCGAGCCCGAGGCCAGCCCCAAGACGCGGCCGGUUACUGGCUGGCGCUGGGCCAUCUCGGUCGCCAGCGUGCUCAGCUCUGUGUUUCUAUUCGCGCUCGAUACGACCGUGGUUGCCAAUGUCCAGGCCAACAUCGUGCAGGACCUGGGAGAGAUCGACAAGCUGCCGUGGCUCGGCGCUGCCUUCGUGUUGCCGGCGGCGGCCCUGCAGCUCCCCUGGACCAAGGCGUACGGGCUCCUGAAUCUCAAGUGGCUCUACAUUGCCCACGUCGUCGUCUUCGAGGCCGGCAGCGCCCUGGCCGGGGCCGCCCCGACCAUGAACGCCAUGGUCGUUGGGCGCGCCAUCGCGGGCAUCGGCGGCGCGGGCAUGUACGUCGGCGGCAUCACCUACUUCAACGUCACCACCACCCCCAACGAGCGCCCCAUCUACGUCUCGCUUAUCUCGCCCGUUUGGGGCUUGGGAACCGUUUUGGGUCCCAUUGUUGGCGGCGCGUUUGCCGACAGCAGCGCCACCUGGCGCUGGGGGUUCUACAUCAACCUGGUCAUCUUCGCCGUCAGUGCGCCGGCGAUGCUGCUCACCCUGCCGUCCAUCGACCUGGGGGCUGGGCUGGUCUGGCGCGAGCGCGCCCGGCGGUUCGACUGGCUGGGCUGCCUCGUCUUCUGCGGCUGGUGCAUUUCCUUCAUCAUGGCCAUCAACUUCGGCGGCACCCACUAUGCCUGGGACUCGGCCGACGAGAUUGCGCUGUGGGUCUUCACCGGCUUGCUGCUACCCGCCUUCGCCCUCACCCAGUGGUGGCAUCCCCUGGUCGCACGUGAAUACCGCCUGUAUCCCACGCAGCUGCUGGGCAACUGGCGCUUCAUCGUGCUCCAGGUCUGCGCCUUUUCCGGAGCCGGCGUGACAUACAUACCCAUCUACUACAUCCCGCUGUUCUUCCAAUUCGCCCGCGGCGAGGCGUCGCUGGAGGCUGCUGUCCGCCUUCUGCCUUUCGUCUUCAUGGUCGUCGUCUUCUCCCUGGGAAGCGGCUAUCUGAUGAGCAAGGCGGGAUACAUCAGUCCGUGGUUCAUCGGCGGCUCGGCCCUCGGCUUGAUUGGAUCAGUGCUGUUAUACACCCUGGACACGGAGUCCUCGGCAAGCCGAGUGUACGGAUACAGCGUCAUCGUCGGCAUCGGUGGCGGCUGCUACCUGAUGAGCUCGUUCGGCGCUGCUCCCGCCGUGGUCAAGGCAGACGAGGCCCUCGAUGCCGUCGGGGCAUUGAGCGUGGCGCAGGGCAUGGGCCUGGUCUUCUUCGUCUCCGUCGCCGGCAUCAUCUACCAGAAUCUCGGCUACAACUUCAUCGCCCCGCUCGUUCCCGCCGAGCUGCUGGACGACGCCCGCGACCUGCUGGCCGGCAGCAGCAGCAAUCUGUUCGCCUCUCUGGAUCCCGACACGGGCUCGCGUGUCACGGCUGCCAUUGUCAAGGCUCUCGACAACACCUACCUUCCAGCCGUGGCCGUGGCUUGCUUGAGCUUUCUAUGCUCCUUGACACUUGGAGCUGCGAAAGUCCCCAAGGGGACGGUUGUGGUGGGCUAA